ACCUUCCACGCUGUUUCAGUGUUUUAAACCGUAUAUGUGGAUUUUACUUUAUUUUAUUUUUUUUGUGCCGCGACAAAAGUCGAGAACACUGUUUUUAUCGGAAGUCAAUGUUUCGUAGAAGCCCUCUGCUUUGUUUGCGCAUGCGCCUCAGGUUCACCGGCGUACACAAUGGAGUCGGACGUGUAUCGACAUAAAGAAGCGACGACGACUUUGAAAGCUCUCGCUCUUAUAUCGUGACAUAUGUGGAGGUUCGUGACGUGUAACAAUGGCCCACCGCCCACAAACAGCCUGACUGAAAACCGAAACAGUGCUGAGUAACUGCUUCAGUUCACCCGCUGUGCUGUACAUAUCAGUGCUGGCUUCUCCUUCUACCACCCCUGUCUGCCGCACUCCUGACUGUCCUCUGCACAUUCUUCCAUGUCUUUGUCUGAAAGCGCAGUGAAAUAAGAGACCGUCCGAUAACCUCCAAGGAAAAUGUCAGAUGUCAACAUAGCAAAGCGCAAGGAGAAGUGUGAGAACUGCACCAAACAGUGCAACAAGAAGCAGAGCGAUGAUGGUGCCAACACACACCAGGAGAGAGAAGAAGUCAAUGGACAGAUACAUGAAGGAUCCCAGUUGUUGCUGAGUGCCUGUCUGUCCUGUGACGGCUGUGUAUCAGAGGAGGAGAGCCUGAAGAUCUCUCAGCAGAGCCCUCAGGAAGUGGAGCGUGUUCUGGCACUCAACAAGAAGUGUGAUGUGUCAAAACACAAGGUGCUGGUGGCGUCCAUAUGUCCACAGUCUCUGCCAUUCUUUGCUGUCAAGUUUGGUCUAGACAUCACUGAGGCUGCCCAUAAGCUCUGUGGCUUCCUCAAGACUUUAGGAGUGCAAUUUGUGUUUGACACCACUCUGGCAGCAGGCUUCAGCAUCUUAGAGAGUCAGAGGGAGUUUAUUCAGAGGUAUCGCAGGAGGCACCACGACUCCCACGCCCUGCCUAUGUUCACCUCCUCCUGCCCAGGGUGGAUCCGUUAUUCAGAGCGUGUCCUGGGCAGCCUGGUCACCCCUCAUAUCUGCACAGCCAGGUCUCCUCAGCAGGUCAUGGGCUGUCUGGUCAAAAACUACUUUUCGAAACAGCAGAAGCUGAGUCCAGAGAAAGUGUACCAUGUGUUGGUUGCUCCCUGUUUCGAUAAGAAGUUGGAGGCUGUGCGAGAGGAGUUUUACAACAGCCUACUGGAGACCAGAGAUGUGGACUGUGUCCUCACCUCAGGGGAGAUCUAUUGCCUGAUGGAGCAAAGGAAGGUUUCAGUGGAAGAGCUGGACUCAGUUCCACUGGACCAUGUGCUUGGAGAGGCUGGAGAUGUGGCGCUGGUGAGGCACGAGGGCCGAGGCUCUGAAGGCUUUUUAGAGCACGUCUUCAAACAUGCUGCCAAAGAACUUUUUGGUCUGGACGUCCAUGAGAUCACAUAUAAGCACCUCAGGAAUCGGGACUUCCAGGAAGUGACUCUGGAGCGGGAUGGGGAAACCCUGCUGCAGUUUGCUGCUGUUUAUGGUUUUAGGAACAUCCAGACCCUGGUUCACCGAAUGAGAAAGGGACGUGUGCCUUACCAGCUGGUGGAGGUGCUGUCCUGCCCAGGAGGGUGCCUGAGUGGCCGCGGACAGGCGGAGAACGAGGCGGGAGGCAAGGUAGAUAAAGUCCUGAUCCAGCAGAUGGAAGAGGCCUACAGCAGCCUGCCAAUCCGUCUCCCAGAGGUGAACCCCGCCCUUCACACCCUCUAUCAAGAGUGGCUGCAGGGCCAGGACUCCCAGCAGAGCAGCACACUCUUACACACCCAGUACAGAAAUCAGAGCCACACACAACCUCCACACAUGCAGUGGUGAGGAGAAAGGAGGUGUUGAACUUUGAAGACUUGAUCGGAGUUGAACGGUCACUGCCUCUGGUUGAUUCGUCAUUCGUGCCGGCAUCAUGAAGGAUGAGCUAAGGACCAUGUUGUACUCUGGACCAGUGCAGCAGUUCUUUCAUUUGGCCACAGGGGGGUGAUGUCUGCAUUUGAAAUCAGUGGAUCGCCUCUUCCAAACCUGAGCCUGAGAACAAAUCAAUAUCCACAGUCUAGAAAAACACAGACUUUUAUGCAGACUAAAACAGUGAUAUCAGUAAGCUGCAGAUAUUGUGAACUAUGUAUGUAAAUUUACAGAGCAAUAAGCCGCUGACAAAACAACUGGAGUUCAUGAUCUGAACCCGCGGAUUCUGAAUGUACAUUUAAGGAGUCGAAUACUCCACAUCUGAACUGUCCAUUAUGAAACCUGCUGUUUUCGUUUAGUGUUUAGGUUGUUUCCCCAACGUUCCUUGCUGAUAGAUGAUGUGUUUGAAAAAAACAGGUUUAUAACUAUGCAACCGUGCAAUCAUCCUAUCUCAGCAGUCAGUGUAAAGUAAGGCUGAAGAGAGGUGAAAAGUUCUUUUAGUAACACUCAAUCACCUGUCAGUGUUUGCUUUAGAGUAACCUCCAGCCCAGUGUUUAUCCGUCCCAGUGAAGAAUCAAGAGGCAUUAUUUUUUUAAUGGUACAUGCUGAUUUCAGUUGUUUUAUCACCUUGUGUCCAUUCCACAAGCUGGUCAUUUUAAGUUAAAUGUUGUUUUUGUCCUCUGUUUUACAAGAUCAAACAUGUUAAGCAGUAAAAUAUUCUGCCAAAUAAAGUGUUGUCUCAUUUGAA